GUGCUGACAAGAAGUGCAGCUUCGAGGAUGGAGAGUGUCACAUUAUCCCAUCGCACGUAUCUCCGGAUACAGGAAAAAUGCCAACCGUUCAGGCUUGAACAGAAGCGGACGGCAAUUUACAUAGUUCAAAAUGCGGCGGUUCUUCCGAUAAGAUCGCUGCUCCCAUAAGUACUUAGGCGGUGAGAGAUAUACGCCAAUCAGGGAACUGCGAUACGACUAAAGGCGUUGGUGACUCAACAACAGCCACAGUUUGUCUUGAUCUUUCAGAACGUCAGAGACAAGCCGGGCUCCAAGUUGAUUGUGCGGUAUCGUCCGUUUUCUGGUACCUAGAUUGGUGACAUCUUAUUCGGAAAAGCAACAGAUCUCUAAGCUCUAAGUUGUACAGCCCUACUGGAUUACCCCGCUAUCGAAAUGCGCCGCCCGCUUCGCAUCGCGAUUCUCGAGACCGACACGCCCCUCGAAAGGACCAACAAGAAAUAUGGCGGAUACGGUGGCGUCUUUGAGGCCCUCUUAAAGGCCAGUGCGAAGGCGUUAGGAGAGCCCGAGAAGUUGGAUCCGGAAACAGGGCUGGAGAUCACGAAGUGGGAUGUUGUCCAUAGAGAUGAUCGUUACCCGAAUCUCGACGAUAUAGAUGCUAUCCUCAUGACUGGCUCUAGACACAACUCCUUCGACAACAUUCCCUGGAUAAAUAAGCUAGUAGAGUUUGUGCAAAAGGUCCUUGCUCAAGACCGUGUCCGCAUCAUCGGCGUCUGUUUUGGUCAUCAGAUCCUCGGUCGCGCACUCGGCGCCAAGGUUGGUCGGAGUGACGAUGGUUGGGAGAUCUCGGUUUGCGAGAUGGAUUUGACGGAGAAGGGGAAGGAGUUGUUUGGACGAGAUAAGCUGCGUCUGCAACAAAUGCACCGCGACAUCGUCUUCAGUUAUCCACCAAAUGUGAUUCCUCUCGGCUCUUCUCCUCGCUGCGCCGUUCAAGGAAUGUACUCACCUCGCCGCUUCAUUUCCGUUCAGGGUCACCCUGAGUUCACGAAAGAAAUCAUUUCUGAUAUCCUUGAGGCACGAGCCAAAGCUGGAAUUUUUGCUGGGGAAGAAUUCAAGGAUGCGAUGGCAAGAGUUGGAAACGAAAACGACGGCCUCGCUGUCGGUGUUGCAUUCUUGAAAUUUUUGCUCGAAGACUAGACGAUAAAUGCCUAUAUCCUAGAGAUGUCUAUAGAAAUACUGUAUAUAAAGACUGUGCGUGGACAUAUUAGAGAGAUGU